GUGACACUUCCAAUCCCUGCCCUGACACGCCAAGAUUCGAGUGCCUCGGAGCCCCGAUCUUGCUGUAGACUCGGCUUGGGACAGCUCGUUUUGAGCGCGGCCACCUUCAGUGCUGGAUACGCCUGUGGUCUGUCUUCAACCACCCUCAAUGCGAGCUUUGUGCCGUCACUGUCCACCAUAAAGCUGCCGGACAUAUGCCCGCCCUGCGUGCAGCAGCCGUGCUCGCCCUGCGACCAGGUCGCUGUACCAUGCCCAGCUUCCCAGACAUCUGCAGCCCCUGCAGCUACUGGUCAUACCGGAAUUUCUUUCGAUUUGCGCACAACCAGUGCCACGACCACACCCGGCAUAACCUCGAGCAUGCCCCUGGCAGCUACAUCAGAGGCCAUUAUUGUCAAGGUGUUUGCAGGCGGCAACGGCCGUUUGGGAAACAACAUCGGCCAGUUGCUGCAUGGCUUGGCAUUUGCUCUGCGCAUGCAUGCCGACUUAGUCAACCUCGUGGCUUCAGGGGGCCAGCUGCCUCAGAUCUUUGUUCUCAAGAACCUGACGAUGUCCCUCCCAGGCGCCGGCGAGGGGCCACGCAACAUCCCGAAGGAAUGCAUGCAGGCUGCGAUUGGCUCCAGGAUGAAGAAGGAACCGAACACCUAUGCCGGAGGCUUCUGGACGACCCGGUGUGACAAGGUGCCGGCAAAGGAGUACCAUGAGCUGGCUCUGCAAUAUAUCUGGCCACUUCUCAAGCCGGAGGUCAAAGCUUGCCUCGAAGGUCCGGACGAGGCGCCCGGCACGGAGCAGCAGUUGACAGUCCACCUGCGCGGGAACGACCUUUGGAACAUGGGUGAGUUCGAACUGAUGCCUAAGAAGCCUGUGAACAUGGAAGCUGGCGCACACCAUUGGCUUUGGGCAAAUCCUCCCUGCACUAUGUAUGAGAAAAUCAUUCGCGAGGAAGGGUUUACGCAAGUGCUGAUCGUAACUUCCCCUGACAGACGGCACGCCUGCGUCCCUUGGUUUGAAAACUUUCGAGAGCGAACGGGCCUUAACGUCAAGAUCACGCUUCAGACAAACUCGUUGGCCGAAGAUUUCUGCACACUGGCCCGAGCGAGGAACCUGGUCCUUUCCUUCUCCACCCUGUCGAAUGCAGCAGCGAUCAUGAGCAAGCGGGUAAAGCGCGUUUACCUGCGGCAGUUCGCUCUUAAUUCAAUGAUGAACUGUGAUAUCUGGCCGGAUGUGUCGAUGGUGCAAUACAGCAUGCCAAUUUCCGAGGCGCAUCACGAGCCGUUCAACAACACCUAUGCAGGUGUGACGGAAUGGUUCCAAACAUAUAACAUGAGUCUCAUCACCCGGUCCCCAUCGUGCAAGUGA